AGGUAAUACAGUUUACAUAAACAAAGAGCACCGGACAAACAAUGAGGGUCUUACAGAUCGUCCUUGCUGUAGUAGUCGUUUUUGACCUUUCAGCUGUCUCUGCUAAUGAGAAUCUACAAGUCGAAGUGACAAAAGGUGAAGAGGGCGAGGAUAUUGUAACGAUAAAAAACGAAAAUGGAGAAGUCUUGUCUACAAAUGACUUUCAUCUCGAGACCGGCUAUGAGCUUCAGAAGCCAAAUGACGAAAAAGACAACGUUUGCCUGAUCUCACGAAUUUUUGAAAAUGAAGAUGAACAGGCAUGUUAUAGCCGUGAAACUGUCCCUGAUGAUUUAGAGCAUGGUUUGGAUCUUGAGGAAUGUGAAAAUCGAGAGAUUUUUCUGUUAGUACCAGAGGACUGCCCUGAUGACAAACUCAGGAACAGACUUGGGAUUAAAAAGACUACAAAACUUGUGUUCAGUUACAGAAUGUUUUGUGAUAAAGAAGAACUAGACAGUUAG